UGUGGACUGUCCCUUCCUGUUUUAGUGCCGAGAGAGCCACCGUAGCGACUCACACCGGAGCAGGAAUACAUGCACUCAUAACGCGAUUAUGUCUGGAUUUUCUUUGCGUUUCUCAAAGACGCGGAGCUUUCUUUUCCAUCGCGGGCUGCGCAGGUUUAUUUAAUAGGAAACGCUGUUAUGUUAUUCCACGGGUAGCUGGUAACAUAGCAGGCCUGUUUAUUCCGCUGCCAACCCUUGUUCCUUUCCUGUGUCAAUGAUUGUCCUCCCCUUACUCUCAUGGCGGAGACUAAAAUAAUAUAUCACAUAGACGAGGAGGAGACUCCUUAUCUGGUCAAACUGUCGGUUUCUCCAGAGAAAGUCACCUUAGCGGAUUUUAAAAAUGUCCUCAACAAUCGACCGGUCAAUAGCUACAAAUUCUUCUUCAAAUCGAUGGAUCAGGAUUUUGGGGUUGUCAAAGAAGAGAUUUCCGAUGACAACGCCAAGCUGCCCUGUUUCAACGGGAGAGUAGUGUCCUGGUUGGUCCUGGCAGAAAGCACCCACUCUGACGGGGGAUCCCAGUGCACAGAAAGCCAUCCGGAGCUGCCCCCUCCCCUCGAAAGAACAGGAGGCAUCGGAGAUUCACGACCCCCCUCCUUUCACGCCAAUGCGGUGAGCAGUCGAGAUGGCCUGGACACAGAGACGGGUACAGAGUCCCUCCUGAGCCACCGCAGAGAACGAGAGAGAGAGCGAGCACGGAGGAGAGCGAGAGAAACUGAGCUUCCUCGCAUCAACGGCCACUCGAAAUCAGAGCGCACUGCCAGAGACUCAGCCAUGGGCUACGACAGUGCCUCCGUAAUGAGCAGCGAGCUUGAGUCGAGCUCAUUUGUUGACAGUGAGGAAGAUGAGGAUGCUAGCAGGCUCAGUAGCUCCACAGAACAAAGUUCUUCAUCACAGUUGAUGCGUAGACACAAGCGUCGCAGACGGAGGCACAAAGUGGCCAAAAUCGACCGGUCCUCAUCCUUCAGCAGUAUCACAGACUCCACUAUGAGCCUCAACAUUAUCACCGUAACACUCAACAUGGAGAAGUAUAACUUUUUGGGUAUCAGUAUUGUUGGUCAAAGUAAUGACCGGGGAGACGGCGGUAUCUACAUCGGGUCCAUCAUGAAGGGUGGAGCAGUUGCUGCUGAUGGUAGAAUAGAACCAGGAGACAUGCUCCUCCAGGUGAAUGACGUAAACUUUGAAAACAUGAGCAACGAUGAUGCUGUGAGGAUCCUUAGAGAAAUAGUUUCUAAAACUGGUCCAAUUAGUCUUACUGUUGCCAAAUGUUGGGACCCUUCCCCUCGAAGCUACUUCACAAUCCCACGUGCUGAACCUGUUCGACCCAUUGACCCUGCAGCCUGGAUUUCACACACCACGGCCUUAACAGGUCCUUACCCACAUUACGAAUUUGAUGACCUGCCGUUGUCUGUGAGUAAAACAGACAUGGCAACCAUCGUCAAAGUGAUGCAGUUGCCUGACUCUGGUUUGGAGAUCAGAGACAGGAUGUGGUUGAAGAUUACAAUCGCCAACGCAGUCAUCGGUGCCGACGUGGUAGACUGGCUUUACUCCAGAGUAGAAGGAUUCAAGGACCGGCGGGAUGCGAGAAAGUAUGCGAGUAGUCUGCUGAAACAUGGCUACCUGAGACACACCGUCAAUAAGAUCACCUUCUCUGAACAGUGCUACUACACCUUCGGGGACCUCUGCCAAAACAUGGCAUCACUCAAUUUGAACGAGGGAUCCAGUGGAGGAGGCUCUGAGCAGGACACUUUGGCACCGCUCCCACCCACCAGCAACCCCUGGCCCCUGGGCGGCCAGCCAUUCCCCUACCCUCCCUUUCCCUCCGCACCCCCCAGCUUCCCGCCAGGAUACUCAGACCCAUGCCACAGUUUCCACAGUGGGAGCGCAGGGAGCCAGCACAGCGAGGGAAGCCGAAGCAGUGGAUCCAACCCCAGCGCUGGCAAAGGUAGACGCUCUUCCCCACAAGAGAAGGGUCACAGGUCAACAUGCAGCGAAUCAGAGCCAGGCGUCCGUGGAGGGAGGCGCGCUGAUAGGUCCGCCAGCCAAAUGAGCCAUCACAGCCACGCCGUCUCCAGUCACAGUCAUGCCCGAUCGAGUCUCAGUCACAGUCAGUCACACAGGAGCCACUCACUGUCACAGAACACCCAUCCCUCCUUCACCUACAGUCACGCACCCUUCACCCAGCAGGGGCCCGGCUCCUGCGCUCACAGCGAGAGGAGCCACGCGUCCUCCUACGGCCCCCCGGGCUUACCUCCCCCGUAUUGUCUGGCCCGUCUGGCCCCCAAGACCUCAGUCAGCAGCAGUACGCCCCCCGGAGCCCCUCCUGGGAGGGAGUUAGCAGCCAUUCCUCCUGAGCUCACCGCCAGUCGCCAGUCGUUCCAGCAUGCUAUGGGCAAUCCCUGUGAGUUCUUUGUUGAUAUCAUGUGACAGGACAGUGCCUUUAAAACUCCUUGAGCACAAAACAAUUCUUUGUGAACCCACUCAGUCUUUUGCCUCCGACUCCGACUCCGGCCCUCUCCCUAUCUUUCUCUAUGUCCCUCCGAUGUCUAAGCAAAGGAUUAUGGGCCGUAAGAGCACAACAGAAGGGAGUUCAUACACACACGACAAGGGUUUUCUGUGGCCUCAAACCCAACUUUUGUAUUGACGUGACGUGUACAGUUUGUGAAACGUGAGUGGUAUUUAAUGUGGUGAUUCUUUAAAGCUGCCACACGGACAUUCUCGGGAGUGUUUAUGUACUCGGCGUAGGACAUUUUCAGAUCUGCAACACCUUUAAGCUGGCUGGGCCUGGAUCUCAAUCCCCCAGACCCAGACUCAAAACCAGCCCGCACUUACCAUAAGAACUUUUCUCUGGGCCGAGAACUUGGACUGGACCCUCAGACUCAUAUCUGAUUAAUUUUAGCACGUUACACCAAACCUCUGGCUGUGUUUUCUUUGUGCUGUGGCAUUGCCACCAGCUUACUUUUUUGUCAAGGUGAGUUCUUACCUGCCAACUACUAAAAGCUAACCAGUUUACAAUCCAUGGAUUUAUUCAACCUCAAAAGGGAGGCCCUGUAGCCAGCCAUUAAUUUAAUUAGGCUGCAUAUUGCAUGACUGUCUCAACUGCUUUAAAGAAAAGAAACUUUAUUAAUUUUGUUUAAAGUAUUACCAUUAUUUUGGGAAGGGGUUCCUCUUGCCAAUGUUCUAAAGGAAAAAUCUGUACACUGGAUGAUUUUUGUGAUAUUUAUGUGAUCAUGUUGCAUUGAUGGUGUCAGACUUUGUCUACUACGGCUGACUGACAGACAAUCAGACAUCACUGUAAAUCAGUGGCCAGUUUCCACUGUUCUAGCUGUGCUUUGUCGAAUGUAUCAUUAUUCCUGAACCCUGACAUUCAUUACUUUAUGGUUUCAACAAACUGAACUGAGCAAAUCACCCUGUAUACAGAUUGCAAACAGUAAACACCCACCACUGCUUUUAAAGAAACUCAAAGGGUGGGCCUAAGAUAAACCGGUUUGCUGAGAGCAUCAUAGAUGAGCUUUGAUAAAAAUCCAAUGUGACAAAAAGCCAAAGCCUCACAUAGUGUGGUGGAUACUUCUUUAUAAUGUGGAAGCGGUCUAUGAUGCAAAUCUCUUUAUGAUUAUCAUCAAACACUUCUCAUUUUACGACUUCAAAGUGACUUCAAGGGGAAUCUUGGUCUUUAGAUUCUGAACUCCUUGCAAAACAAUGGCAACCCCGGGUGUAUCUGUCUAAAAUACAGCCACAGGGGGGAAAUUACACACAAACACUAAUUUUAUGAGCACUUUUCCAUUUUGUCUCUCCCUCCCUUUAGUAUGAAACACUGUUUGCAAUCAAAGCUUUCUCUUUUUGUUUCUUUACAAAAGAAGAAUAAAUUGUACAUAGAAAUUUAUUAUAUAUAUAUGAAUAAAAAAUAUAUAUGUUCAAAACA